ACAAACUAACAAAAGCUCCCAACACCCACAGCUGAGGGAGAAUCUUGUCGACGCCGGUGAGAUAGCCAUAUCAGAGACGCUUUUCAUCUUAGUUCAGGAACAGGGGUGGCAUGUAGACAUAACCACACACCAGCCAGACGACAACUACAAGCCACCCAUGCGUUACGGUGUUGUGACGCGGCCAGAGAGUGCUUACGUACCGCCAGUGGUGCCUUAUAACAUGGACACAAGCUCUGAAAGCGAGGGGCUGCGCGGCAUGACGGGUACGG